GUUGAUUAUUAUCCUGUGCGUAUUUUUUUUUUUCCAGUGUGUCUCCAACAAGUGACAGGACAACUAACGUGGCUUAAUACAAGUGUACAAAAUAGUGUGUUGAUCAAUCUUUAUGAGGAUACUCCUGUGGGAAGUGUAAUUCAUUCAAAUGGACUUACGGGUGUAGACAUCCGUGAGGUUAUUUCAGACAACACCAACUGCUAUGUGAAUGUCACAAACAAAGAACCUCAACGUAUUCUUUUCAACGUAGUACUGAACACUGCUUUAGAUUUUGACUAUGAGCAUAUAGAGCUAACUACAGGCGAGGACUUAUUUAAAAUUACGGACAGUGGUAGCCUCAUUCUGACGGGGACUUUAGAUUUUGAGACUGUCAGAUUUUAUCACUACAUUGUAACGGUUACGGACAAAGUUGGACACAAUGUGAGUGCUGAUGUUUUCAUCACAGUCGAAGAUGUACAGGAUACUCCUCCUGACUUUACUGGAGAACCCUUUCAAAAACAAAUAUCUGAAGAUGAGAAGCCUGGUACUACUCUCCUGACCAUACGAGCAACAGAUGGUGAUCGUGGUGUGUCAAAUAAUAUCAUUUUUAAUAUCACUAAAGAAACAUGCCUAGGUCUUUUUGAAAUCCAUCCACAAUCUGGCGUGGUAAAUUUAAAAAGUUCAGUUGACCGUGAUAAAGGAGACGUGUAUACAAAUAAUGGAGUCUGCACUCUUGACGUUCAGGCCACUGAAGACAAUCAACACCCACAAGUUGCCGGCAGUUACAAAACUACAACCUCAGUUACUGUCACAGUCUCAGAUGUCAAUGACAAUGGUCCAGUGUUUUCACAGACAUCCUACAAUGUUACAGUUGAUGAGAAUACACAACAGGGUGUGCCAGUUAAUCUCAACACACCCAUCACUAUUUCUGACGCUGACCAGGGAGUAAAUGCAGAAUUUGAAGUGCAUGUCUUCAGUCUGGCAGAUUAUUUUGAAGUGACUCCAUCACGAAUACAAUCAUCAGGAGAUGUUUUAAUAAGAGUGAAGAACUCAACCAUCCUUAACUAUGAAGCAGUUCAAAAUCUCACUCUUGAGUUAGAAGCCAGAGACACAUAUGGAAACAGCAAUAGCAGUAAGGUCACAGUGACAAUCCACAUCAACAACCUCAAUGACAACAGCCCUGUGUUCUCAAACUCAACAUUUUAUGCAAGUGUUCCAGAGAACUCUCUUCCAGAUACAUAUGUUACAACAAUCAUAGCAACUGAUGAAGAUAAAAAUGACGGAAUUCAUGACUAUGGAACAGUCAGUUACAGACUGCAGGGAUCAGAUACCAGCUUCAAAAUAAAUCAGUCUACGGGGGAAGUAACAGUUGACAAUGGAACACUGGAUAGAGAAACAAAAAAUGUUUACUACUUAACUGUGAUUGCUGAAGAUGGAAGUCACAUCAAGACUAGUGCACCUUUAGAAAUAACAGUUUCUGAUGAAAAUGACGAGAUACCCAAAUUUGUUGCAACUGAUUAUCAGACAUCACUCAAGGAAGGGGAAACAACUUUUAUUCAGCCAAUUACAGUCCAUAAACACCUGGAAUUUGAAAAAAUACACUUUUUACCAGGAGAGGUUGGAAACAUAACACUCAUUGUGGAAGCCAAAGAUAAUGGAUCUAUUGCACAGUCCUCUCAAGUCUCUGUUUUUAUCAAUUUACAGGUUACUUAUCCAGUCAUUCAAGUGAAUGCCUCUGAUGCUGACGGCACAGCACCCAACAAUAUGUUCAUGUUCAGCAUCGAUCAGGACAGUGCUGGCAAAUUUGUGAUCAACAGCUCUACAGGGUUGAUAUCCUUGAGGGACAGGCUGAACAGAGAGGAGCAGAGUCAUCAUAACAUUAUUGUCACUGUAACAGACUUUGGUGUGCCUGCACACUCAAGCUCAUGCAAUGUAUUUGUUGAUGUCUUAGACAUCAAUGAUUCACCACCAGUGUUCUAUCAGAAAACAAGAAACGUUCAUGUUGAUGAGAAUACUCUGGGACUAUCGGUUAAUAUGAGUGCUAAUGAUCAAGAUUUACAUUCCAAACUUGUCUACAAAAUUAUUUGGGAACAAUCUACUGCCCUAGAUCAAGAAGGCCAUGACGCUGAUGUUACCAUUUUGAAGAACUGGAUAACAAUAGAUAAUGAAACUGGCUAUGUUUUCAAUAUCGAAAAAAUGGACAGAGAGAAAAUAGAAAGUUUUUCCUUGGCAGUACAAGUUGAAGAUGGAAAUUCCCAGACUGGACUUCAAGUUGACAAUGGUACAGUAACUGUGCAAGUCUUAGACAAGAAUGACAAGAAACCUGAGUUUUUACAGAAGUUUUAUGAAGGACAAAUCCAAGAAAACAUGCCAGAUGGCAGUGAAGUUCAUCUCUUUAAUCUCCUAAGUGUAACUGAUGAAGAUGAGGGUGAAAAUAGUGAGUUCAGCUUAAGCAUAAUAUCACCUGGCAAUGUAUUUUCUGUGGAACCUGCUGAUGGAAAAGGGAGAAGUCAGUUUUCUCUUACUGUGCAAAAUACUUCUGUAUUGGACUUUGAAGAGCAUCAGUAUUUGAUAUUUGAGAUUGUAGCAACUGAAACAAAAACGGUAGAAAAAUUUAACAGCUCAGCAACAGUUAAUAUCACCAUCCUCAAUGUAAAUGACAACAUGCCUGAAUUUGAAAAUGCAACUUUUGGUGCCAGUGUGUUUGAGAAUGUAUCAGUUGGAACUUCUGUUACAACAAUUAAGGCUACAGAUCAAGAUGAUGGACUAUAUGGAAUUGUGACAUACUCUUUGGAAGACUCAUCACAUACAUUUGCUAUUAACAAUGAGUCAGGAGAAGUGUACUUACUUAUCAAGGGCCUGGAUCGUGAAAAUGUCUCAGAAUACACUGUCAAACUAAUAGCUACAGACACUGGUGGUUUCAGAGCAACAACACAGCUUGUAAUUGAAAUCAGUGACGUCAAUGAUCAAUCUCCAGUGUUUGCUCAAGACAGUUACACUCUAAUAUUUAAUGAAGGAGUUACAAAUAUUUUGCCCGAAUUUUUUGUGCAGGCUACAGAUAAGGAUGAUCCAAAAACAGAUAACAGCCGAAUAAAAUACUCCUUGCUGAACAACACUGCCUCACCACAGUCCAACUUUUCUAUAGACCCAGAUUCAGGAAAACUGACUCUGAUAUCACCAUUAGAUUAUGAGUUACUCAGUGGGCCUUUCAUUUUGACAGUGCAAGCUGAAGACCAAGGAGCAAUCCCCAAUGUAGUUAAUGUUUCAGUUAAAGUCAUUGUCCAAGAUGUAAAUGACAACCAUCCUUUCUUUAAGAAUAAAACCUACACAGCCAGCAUAUAUGAAAAUGUUACAGUUG